AUGCUGUUUGAGUCUUCGUGUUGUUGUCCUCUCCAUCGUGAGUGGAAGCAUGGUGAAGUGAGAAGCGAGCAGUUGCGCCAGUGCAACCGUGAAGAGAACAGAUGGUUAGAAGAGUGUUUCGGUUCGAAAUACAGGAAGACGAGAAAAAGAAAAAUUUGUGCAUCAUGUAGAUCUAGGCUGGAAGUCGAACUCAAGUGUCGAAAACUCGAGGUAGGUCAAUAACCUUGUUGUAAUCUUUCUUUUCUGAUCAUAAUUUCAGUUUAGUUGUUUUCGCAAGUCGUUUCCUCAGUCUUUUGUUUUUUGAUCAGCUUUAGUGCAUCAUGACAGAAACUGUAACCAGAAAACUUAUUUCUCUUGCGUUAUAGUGAGUUGUAAUUAUAUAGGAAGGUAUACACAAUUAUUUAUGACAACAUAGUUUUGUUUCCCUUUCAGCAAUAAUAAAUUGUUUUCCACCAUUUGUAAACAGUUGGUUCUGUGCUUAUUUGGACUGCAUUCUUGAAAAAAGAAACUUGUUCGAAUGAGAUUGGAUGAUCCUCUGUUAACUGAAAUGAUAUUUUUUUUAGUUGUAGCCCUUGCAUUUUUGAAGGCAAUAUGGUUUUAACACUGAUAGUUUCUCCUUUUUGCUAUAUGCAGGAGAUUGUUUCACAGCAGCAUGAAAACAAAGAUACAAGUACCACUAAUGUCAUUGAUGAUGUCAGAGCUGAAGGACCCAACAAUUGUGAAGUGGUUGAUCCAAUGGGCCAGUUUGAUGACGAUUUUGUUCUUGCUGAUGGAAACACUGUCACCUCAAUUCAGCAAGAAGAGGAAAGUAAUUUUGUAAGGACCCUGGUUGACAGAGGAACACAAAAGCCCAUGAUGCCAAUGAUGCCAUACAAGAAUCAAUGUGACAGGAGGAAAAGAGAAAUGAGAGCCGAUAUCAUCGAAACUGUGAAAGGCACAGCAAUGAAAUAUGUCUUGAAUGUGCCUGGUGACCUGAGUGACUUUUUGAAAGAGACCGUAAACAGCAAAAAAAAGCACUCUACGUUUGGUUUCUGUGGAGGGUUCAGUGAUGAAAGUACAUCUCUGAACCCAACUUUGGUGUCAUUGGUCAAUGAAUAUCAAGAGUCUGCGGUCAAAGAAAAAAACCAAGAAAAAAGGAACAGAAUGGCCAAAUUGAAAGGCAAAAUUGCUAUUGGCAAUUCCUUGAAAGACUCCAAAAUAACACCGACUGGGGAGAAAACACCGGAACACUUUAAAAGCAGAACUGAAGCAGCCAGCUCUGUUGGGAGGCUGACUUCCCAAGCAGAUGAAAGAAGACGCCUGCUUUCUAUUGCUGCUAUGGACUAUCCAUAUUGCUUUUUACAGGAGGUGUUUGGCUGUUCAUCGAAAGAAGUUACUGCGGCAAAAGUUCACUCUAUUCUGUUUGGCCAUGGUGGAACCCCACCAUCAAAAUUUAAAUUUAAGCGACAAUGGGUAAGUCCUGAAGUGCUUAAAGAACUUUCAGAAUUUUUUGAGAGACCGUGUGUCCAGGCCAUCAUCUUGUCAGAGUGUGGUCAUGGACGGUGA